AUGCAGGUGCUUCAGGGCUUAUCCUUCAAGGAUGUGGCUGUGAACUUCACUGAGGAAGAAUGGAGAGAACUGGACCCUGCUCAGAGAGACUUGUACAGGGAUGUAAUGCUUGAGAACUAUAGGAACCUGGUCUCCUUGGGAUUUCCAUUUUCUAAACCUGAUAUCAUCUCCCAGUUGGAACAAGCAGGAAACCCAUGGAUGCAGGAGAGAGAAGUGGGGGUGGGAACCCAACAUGGAGAGAAACCGUAUGAAUGUAGUGAAUGUAGAAAAACUUUUGGUAAUUAUUCAGCCCUUACAGUACAUCAGAGAAUUCAUACUGGAGAGAAACCAUAUGAAUGCAUGGAAUGUGGAAAAGCCUUUAAUCAUAACGUCUCUCUUAUCCAACACCAGAGAAUCCAUACUGGAGAGAAGCCCCAUGAAUGUAAUGAAUGCGGGAAGGCUUUCAUUCAGAUAACGCACUUUAUUCAACAUCAACGAAUUCAUACUGGCGAGAAACCUUAUGAAUGUAACGAAUGUGGUAAAGCCUUCAGUCACAAUUCAUCCCGUAUUGAACAUCAGUUUAUUCAUACUGGAGAGAAGCCCUAUGAAUGCAGGGAAUGUGGGAAAGCCUUUAGUCACAACUCUUCCCUCAUUGUCCAUCAGUUUAUUCACACUGGAGAGAAACCCUAUGAAUGUAGUGAGUGCGGCAAGGUCUUUAGUCAAAGCUCACACCUCUAUCAACAUCAGAGAACUCACACUGGAGAGAAACCUUACACCUGUAAUGACUGUGGGAAAGCCUUCAGUGAUCGAUCAGCACUUAUUCGACAUCAGAGAACUCAUACUGGAGAGAAACCCUACAAGUGUAGAGAAUGUGAUAAAGCUUUCAGCCAGAGCUCAACCCUCACAAAACACACAAAAACCCACACUGGAGAGAAACCUUACACCUGUAAAGAUUGUGGGAAAGCCUUCAGCCAGAGUUCAUCGCUGACGCAACAUCAGAAGAUUCAUACUGGAGAGAAACCAUUUGAUUGUCCUGAGUGUGGGAAAGCCUUCAGUAGAAGUGCCCAUCUUACUCAACAUCAGAGGAUUCACACUGGAGAGAAACCCUGUGAGUGUAAUGAAUGUGGCAGAGCCUUCAGGUGUAGUUCAGCCCUCAUUAGGCAUCAGAGACUUCACAGUGGAGAAUCACUCUGAAUGUGUGGUCAUUCAGACUCCUCACUUUGUUAAAUACCAAAGAAUCCUACUUUCAUGGGUUAUUAUAAUUGUGAUCUCCCCCCCCCUUUUUUUGAAAAUGCUCUCCUCCCAUUUUCUCCUGCAAAGAAUUAGCUGCCAGAAUACCACAAAUCCAUGUGGAGAAAUACUGAUCUGAAAGCUGGAAUAGCCUAAGAAACCAACCAUUAAUCUUUCUGUGUGUGUGUAUUUUCAUCUGUACCUGAAAAUGACUGAUGUCACCAUGAAGUGAUUUUUUUUUUUUUCCUGGCCCCAGGAAUAGGCUCUUCCAACACGCAAAGGAAUUCCAGUUGUUCAAACUUGAGCUCAUUGCCCCUCCUUGUACUGAUUGGAAUACUGCCAUGUCCAAGUGAAAUGGACUCAUGGUUGAUCGUAUAUUCAAAUACCACCUUUAUAUAAAUCUUUGUCUUAAUAUACAAUCAUUC